GUUUUGUGGAUGUUGUUAUGUGUGAUGCCAGGCUGUAGGCUGCAAUAAUAGUGACGAAAAUCUAUUUUGGCACGUGUGUUCGAAAUCGAAAACAGUUCCCAAAAAUUCAGCACUAUGUCCCAAGACGCAGACUCCAGCCAAGCUGAGACGCAGUCGCAGCCUCAGACACAGUCCCAGAGUGGCUCCAGCUCUUCCUCAGGCCCCGCAUCCGCCAGUCAGUCCUCCUCAUCCUCAGGGUCUGGCACCCUCAGCUCGGUGGACACUGCCCCGGUGACCCUGGCAUCCAUUCCAGAGGAACCGGAACCCCAGCCCUGGGGCCGUCUGCUCCCCAUGGAGAAGGGAUUCAAAGUGCACAAUUGUAUAGAGGAACAGUACUGGUUUGGACGUGACAAGGGGUGCCAUUACUGCUUUGAUGACCCAGUGUUAAAAAUGACUGAAAAGUACACGACUUACAGCAAGAAGCACUUCAGAAUCUUUAGGGAAGGGGAUAUUGUCUACAUUGAGGACACAAGCGGGAAUGGCACUUUUGUUGAUGGAAAACUCAUUGGGAAGGGCAAGAGGCUUCCACUCGCCAACAAUGCUGAACUGGCACUUAGUCAGCCCCGCCACAAAGUGUUCGUGUUCAUAGAUCUCAUGGUGGACGAACAGUCAAAUCUCCCAAAAGAGUUCAGGGAAAAGUACUUGAUUUCCAGAAAAAUUGGAGUAGGAGUGUGCGGCGAGGUGAAGCUCGCAUUUGAAAGGGCUUCAUGCAAGAAAGUAGCGGUCAAGACCAUCAGCAAAAAGGAUUUCCCAUCCAGCGGAACUGCCACACGAAAUGCAGAGAGGGAAAUUGAAAUCCUAAGAAAAAUAGACCAUCCAUGCUUAAUCAAGACGGAAGACUUCUUCCAAACAGAGGAGUCUUACUACAUUGUGUUAGAACUCAUGGAGGGCGGCGAGCUCUUUGACAGAGUCAAAGCUAAAAAACAACUCCCAGAACCCAUUGCCAAGAUGUAUUUUUAUCAGAUGCUGCUGGCAGUCGAAUACCUCCACAGCCAGGGGAUCAUUCACAGAGAUCUCAAACCUGAGAAUGUGCUCCUGUCGUCCAACAACGAUGUCUGCCUCAUCAAGAUCACAGACUUCAACCAGUCGAAGAUCCUGGAGGAGACGUCGCUGAUGAGAACGCUCUGUGGCACACCCACCUACCUGGCACCAGAGGUGUUCACGGACGCCGUGACGGUGGGGUACGGGCGAGCGGUGGACUGCUGGAGCCUCGGGGUGCUGCUGUUUGUGUGUUUAUCAGGGUACCCCCCGUUCCACACGGAAGGGAAGGGAAUAUCCAUCCGGGAACAGAUCACUCAGGGCCGCUACAGGUUUAUCCCAGCUAUUUGGGCCAAAGUCUCUGAGCAAGCCAAGGAUCUUGUGAAGAAGCUCCUGGUUGUGGACCCCAAACAGCGGCUGACCCUGGAGGAGGCACUGCAGCACCCGUGGAUGCAGGAUGAGCAGAUGAAGGCCACUGCCUUUGAAGUGAUGUACCCUGACGGAGAAGGUCCUAGGCCCUCCACCAGUCGCAAAAGGCCUCUGGAGGACCAAGAAGAACAGCCAGCGAAGAGACGGCCAGGCCCACCUUCAGCUGAGGGCGAAUGACACCACUACCUCCCUACAUUUAACCUUUUUUUAUUGUUUUUUCAUUGUUUCAGAAUCGUUCACUAAUCACUGUCACUUGAAUUCCUGUUUGAUUUGUUUAAUAAAUUAUACAUUUUGUACAAAGUUUGCUGUUUUUAAUAAAAUUACAGUAUAAAUCGA